UUAGGAAUCUGAAAUAAACAGGAAAACACUAUGUCUGCAAUGUGGUCUGAAUAUACAAUUAGCGGGGUGAAGAUUAACUUUCCUUAUAAAGCUUACCCAUCACAGCUUGCUAUGAUGAAUUCUGUUCUCAGAGGAUUAAACAGUAAGCAGCAUUGUUUACUGGAGAGUCCCACAGGAAGUGGAAAAAGCUUAGCCUUACUUUGUUCAGCUUUAGCAUGGCAACAGUCUCUUAGUGGGAAGCCAGCAGAUGAGGGCAUAAGUGAAAAAGCUGAAGUACCAUUGUCAUGUUGUUGUACAUGCCAUUCAAAGGAUUUUACAAACAAUGACAUGAACCAAGGAACUUCACAUCAUUUCAACAAUCCAAGCACACCACCUUCUGAAAGAAAUGAGACUUCAUCAGCUUGUCAAGACUCCCCUGCAAAAACCACUCUGGCUGCCAAGUUAUCUGCUAAGAAACAGGCAUCCGUAUACAGAGAUGAAAAUGAUGAUUUUCAAGUAGAGAAGAAAAGAAUUCGACCCUUAGAAACUGCACAGCAGCCCCCUGGCCACUGUUCGCGGUGCUGUUGUUCUACUAAACAAGGAAACAGUCAAGAGUCGUUGAAUACCAUUAAGAAAGAUCAUAUGGGGAAAUCCAAGAUACCCAAAAUAUAUUUUGGGACGCGCACACACAAGCAGAUUGCUCAGAUUACUAGAGAGCUCCGGAGGACAGCAUAUUCAGGGGUCCCAAUGACUAUUCUUUCCAGCAGGGAUCAUACCUGUGUCCAUCCUGAAGUAGUUGGUAACUUCAACAGAAAUGAAAAGUGCAUGGAAUUGCUGGAUGGGAAAAAUGGAAAAUCCUGCUAUUUUUAUCAUGGAGUUCAUAAAAUUAGUGAUCAGCACACAUUACAGACUUUCCAAGGGAUGUGCAAAGCCUGGGAUAUAGAAGAACUUGUCAGCUUAGGGAAGAAACUAAGGGCCUGUCCAUAUUACACAGCCCGAGAACUAAUACAAGACGCUGACAUCAUAUUUUGUCCCUACAACUAUCUUCUAGAUGCACAAAUAAGGGAAACUAUGGAUUUAAAUCUGAAAGAACAGGUUGUCAUUUUAGAUGAAGCUCAUAACAUCGAGGACUGUGCUCGGGAAUCAGCAAGCUACAGUGUAACAGAAGUUCAGCUUCGAUUUGCUCGGGAUGAACUAGAUAGUAUGGUCAACAAUAAUAUAAGGAAAAAAGAUCACGAACCCCUACGAGCUGUGUGCUAUAGCCUCAUUAAUUGGUUAGAAGCAAACUCUGAAUAUCUCGUAGAAAGAGGUUAUGAAUCAUCUUGUAAAAUAUGGAGUGGAAAUGAAAUGCUCUUAAAUUUGCACAAAAUGGGCAUCACCACUGCUACCUUUCCCAUUUUGCAGGGACAUUUUUCUGCUGUUCUUCAGAAAGAGGAAAAGAUCUCACCAAUUUAUAGUAAAGAGGAGGCAAGAGAAGUGCCAAUUAUUAGUGCAUCAACUCAAAUAAUGCUUAAAGGACUUUUUAUGGUUCUUGACUACCUUUUUAGGCAAAACAGCAGAUUUGCAGAUGAUUAUAAAAUUGCUAUUCAACAGACUUACUCGUGGACAAAUCAGAUUGAUAUUUCAGAUAAAAAUGGGUGGUUGGUUCUACCAAAAAAUAAGAAACGUUCACGACAAAAGACUGCAGUUCAUGUGCUCAACUUUUGGUGCUUAAAUCCAGCUGUGGCCUUUUCAGAUAUUAAUGGCAAAGUUCGGACUAUUGUUUUGACAUCCGGUACAUUAUCGCCAAUGAAAUCCUUUUCGUCAGAACUUGGUGUUACAUUUACUAUCCAGCUGGAGGCUAAUCAUGUCAUUAAAAAUUCACAGGUUUGGGUUGGUACCAUUGGAUCAGGCCCCAAGGGUCGGAAUCUCUGUGCUACCUUCCAAAAUACUGAAACAUUUGAGUUCCAAGAUGAAGUGGGAGCACUUUUAUUAUCUGUGUGCCAGACUGUGAGCCAAGGAAUUUUGUGUUUUUUGCCAUCUUACAAGUUAUUAGAAAAAUUGAAAGAACGUUGGCUCUCUACUGGCUUAUGGCAUAAACUGGAGUUGGUGAAGACAGUCAUUGUAGAACCACAGGGAGGAGAAAAAACAGAUUUUGAUGAAUUACUGCAGGUGUACUAUGAUGCAAUCAAAUACAAAGGAGAGAAAGAUGGAGCCCUCCUGGUAGCAGUUUGUCGUGGUAAAGUGAGUGAGGGUCUGGAUUUCUCAGAUGACAAUGCCCGUGCUGUCAUAACAAUAGGAAUUCCUUUUCCAAAUGUGAAAGAUCUACAGGUUGAACUAAAACGACAAUACAAUGACCACCAUUCAAAACUGAGAGGUCUUUUACCUGGCCGUCAGUGGUAUGAAAUUCAAGCAUACAGGGCCUUAAACCAGGCCCUUGGUAGAUGUAUUCGACACAGAAAUGAUUGGGGAGCUCUUAUUCUAGUGGAUGAUCGUUUUAGGAAUAACCCAAGUCGCUAUAUAUCUGGACUUUCUAAAUGGAUACGGCAGCAGAUUCAGCACCAUUCAACCUUCGAAAGUGCCCUAGAGUCCUUGGCCGAAUUUUCCAAAAAGCAUCAAAAAGUUCUUGAUGUAUCCAUAAAGGACAGAACAAAUAUACAGGACAAUGGGUCCACACUUGAAGUCACCUCUUUAAUGGACAGUACCCCAACUUAUUUAUUGGAAGCAGCAAGUUAUCUAUCACCAGAAAAUUUUGUGAAAGAUGAAGCAAAGAUGUGUGUCCAGGAACUACAGUGUCCUGAAAUUAUUACUAAAAAUUCACCUCUACCAAGUGGCAUCAUCUCCAAAAAGGAGAGAAAUGAUCCAGUAUUCCUGGAAGAGCCUGUCCAAGCAAUGAAAGCAGAAAAAAUUGUGAUUUCCAGAUCCACAAGCCCAACUUUCAACAAACAAACAAAGAGAGCUAUUUGGUCGAGCUUUAAUUCUUUGGGACAGUAUUUUACUGGUAAAAUACCAAAGGCAGCACCUGAGCUCGAGUCAUCAAAGAAUAGUGCCUCUAGUCCUCCCAGUUUCAAAACAGAAAAGAUGGAAAGUAAAACUGUUUUGCCAUUCACUGAUAAAUGUGAAUCCUCAAACCUGAUGGUAAAAACAUCGUUUGGAUCAUGCCCUCAAUCAGAAACCAUUAUUUCAUCAUUAAAGAUUGAUGGAACCCUUACUAGAAAAAAUCAUCCCGAACAUCCUCUCUGUUCUGAAGAAGCCCUAGAUCCAGACAUUGAAUUGUCCCUAGUAAGUGAAGAAGAUAAACAAUCCACUUCAAAUAGAGAUUUUGAAACAGAAGCAGAAGAUGAAUCUAUCUAUUUUACACCUGAACUUUAUGAUCCUGAAGAUACAAAUGAAGAAAAAAAUGACCUAGUCGAAACUGAUAGAGGAAAUAGAUUGGCUGACAAUUCAGAUUGCAUUUUAGCUGAAGACCUUUUUGAAAUUAGAACUAUAAAAGAAAUAGAUUCAGCCAGAGAAGUGAAAGCUGAGGAUUGCACAGAUACAAAGUUGAAUGGAAUUCUGCAUAUUGAAGAAAAUAAAAUUGAUGACAUUGAUGGUAAUGUAAAAACAACUUGGAUAAAUGAAUUUGAACUGGGAAACACUCAUGAAAUAGAAAUAAAGAACUUUAAACCAUCUCCUUCCAAAAAUAAAGGUAUGUUUCCUAGUUUUAAGUAAUAAUACUUAACUCUCAAGCUGUCAACAUAUGUCAUCAUGCUUAUGUUAAACUCUGUUGUAAGAAUUUGUACAUUGAAUAAGUGGCAUACUUUUUAAAAAACUAUUUUAUAUUCAGAAAUGUAAAUUUUAUUCUUGAGUUUUGAUAAAGUAAUUCAUAUAAAAUAUUUUCCUCUAAUAAGUCUUCCUUAGCUAAAUGCAAUUUAAAAUUAAAGAUAUUUAGAGUUUUCUGGGGCACUUUCAGUUUCAUGUAAGUAUUUAUAUUAGGUGGUUCUCUUCAUCCAUUGGUUUUCAUAGUGAUACAUACAUAAAAUAUAUUUGUUUAUUAUACUGAUAAAUAGCAGUCUAAUCUAGUCACACCUCAGUCAUAUUUCACUAUAGAUUUUACCUCAAAUCAGUCCGAGGCUUUUUUAGAGAUCACCUUUUGUCUUGGAAUGUUUAUUUCUGCCUACUUAUAAGUAAUUAAGAGAAAUUAAGAAAGUAGUAUGCAUUUUUAAUUGAAAUUGUUUUACAUUAUUUGUAUAGUAAACUAAAAUCAAACAUGUCAUAAACAAAUUGAUAUAAAGAUAUAAAAUGACAAAUGAAGUAUUCCAGAUUUUCUAUUCCAAUUAUUUAGCUCCAUCAUCAUUGUGGAAAAAAAUAUUAGAUCCUGCCUAGUAUUAUAUUUUCUCUAGUGGAUCAGUGAGUAACAAGUACCAAACGCUAGAUUAGAAGGUAAUUUCUACAUUAUUUAGAAAUGGUGAAACAAUUUCUCCCCUCUGGUAUUGUUCUAGUGUAAGCUUUAGUUAUGCAAUGAUUAAGAUAGAAAACUUUAUAUAUAAAUUUGAUAAGCAAACCCACAUUUAUAGCUGCAGCCAAAGUAUGUUUCCUUAGAGCAUAGUAAUCCCUUCUGUGAAUUUUGACCUUGUUUGUGUUUUUAUGAAUGAAGCUGUAUGUCUGAUCAAAAAUGAUUAUAAAAGAUGCUCAUCUCUGACAUCAUUCCAAAAAUACAUUCACUGAUCUUUUUCUAAGAAACAUCCUUUAUUCACUGGGUAUUAGGACUUUUUGUGAGUAAUUUGAGUUGAAAUUUUAUGAGCUACUCAAGAGUUUUGUAUAGCCUAUUAUUUUCAAGUCAAAAUUCCCAGUAAGGAUUUAUUUUACAUUUCAUUUGGAUAAAUGAAUUAUUAUGUAGGCAUGUAUUUGCUUUCAUUUUGAGACAUUUAGAUUUAUACAGCUUGUUUCCAUAGUAUUUGAUGUUACAACUCUAAGCAUAGUUCAAAGACAUUUAAAUUGACAAUUUACCAGUUAAAGAAUUUAGAAUAUGUUAGAUCCCAUCUAGUAUUAUAUAUUUUUUCUAGUUGAUCAUUGAGCAAUAAGUACCAAAUACUAGUUUAGAGGGUAAUUUCUACAUUGUUUUGAAACAAUUUAUCUCCUCUGGUAUUGCUCUUAAACCACAGAUAGGGAUAGAAAGGUAGUGGAACGCAUGAGUACCUGGUAGAAGACAAGAGACUUGAGCUCUGUACUUGGCACUGCCUCUAAUUUGGUAAGUCACAUUGGCAAUCACCACACCCUUCAGGGAAUUAGUUUCAUCUGUAAAAUGCAGAAGUUAGUACUUAUAAAAUCAUACAAAUUUCUUUGUGCUUUAAGAAUCUAUAAUUUAAAGGAAUGUCUGCUGAUACUAUUCUGAGUCAAUUUUCAUUUGCUUUUGUUCCAGAAUGCUUAAAAUAAAGCAUAGUAUUUCAU